AAUAAGAGCGAAUUUACUAUAUAUAGUAAUAUAAUCUACUACUUAUUAACUAAAAAUAAGCGAAUAAUAAGAAGUAUAUUAAUAUUAAAAAUAUAUAAUAUAGUUAAUAAUAUUAACCUUACUUAUGCGAUUUUAAUAACGCUAAGGAAAAUUACUAAUUAA